AUGCAUACGCGCUUCUUCAUUCCUACGAAGAAGGAGACUGAGCAAACCCAAGUCACUUUUGAUGUAGAUGCGAAUUACGAUGAGAAGCUAACCUUAGAUCAAUUACUAGAGAAAAAGUCAGUUGAUGCACUACUUAUGCAAUCAUUUCAAACAAGCGGACCUUUUGAGAAAUUCUUAAUGCAAAAUUCGCGGUCAUAUCUUCUUCUUAACCUCCACAACUUUAAAGACGAGAAAUUUGAUCCAUUAACAAUUCCAAAUUCUUGUUAUGAUGACAUAAAAGCUGCGCUCUUCUACGAAUUAAAUUAUGAAGGCUUUGUGCUAUCAACACAGAAUGGAGUAAUCGGAAAUUAUCACUAUCAUCCAAACGUUUUUCCAUUAUUAGAUUCUCUGGAAACUGGCAUCGUAACUCCCCUAUUUUAUGCGUUUUUAUCAGAAAACAAGUUUAGUGGUUAUAGUGAAGGAAAAAUUGUAACGCAAGUAACAGAUUAUCGAUUUACUCAGCCAAGGAAGAGCUUUAUCUUUCUAAGUAUCGACGAAAAAAUCUUCCAACAAUACAUUGAUAGUAAAUAUCGCCAUAUGACGAACAAUGAUAGAAUAUUAGCGGAACAAAAAACAUUAUUAAUGAUGAACCCUGCAAUUUGUACAGAUCCAAAUCCGGAUGUCUCAAGGCUAUCGUCAAUAAUGGAUGAAAAUAAAAAGAUUUGGAAAAAUACUCGACAAAGAACAGAACGUGAAUUUAAGAAUAUACCGAAGCUACCUGCACCGGCUAGAAGCGUUGUACAGUUCAAUAGAGAAAAUAUGCCAGAGAAAGUUUACGCUAUUUCUCAGAUUUCUUCGAUUAUUGCCGCAAAUUGUCGUAUAAUGGGCGACAAAUAA